AUGUACAACAACACCGGCAAUCGCUGCGCGGAGCUCUACCACGGAUACAACUGCACGGGUCCCAGCCUGACGCCGACGAAUCUGUGCGCCGUGGUGAUCCUCCUGUCCUCCUUCAUCGUGGCCACGGUGCUGGGCAACCUUCUCAUCAUCUGCUCCAUCGCGUUCUUCAAGCAGCUGCAGACCUUCUCGACGACGCUCGCUCUCUCCCUGGCUCUCUCCGACUUCCUCGUGGGCCUCGUCAUCAUGCCCUUCGCCGUCAUGAAGACCGCCUACCGAUGCUGGUUCUGCGCCGGCGCCUUCUGCAACGCGCACCACUUCCUCGACUACAUGUUCACCAACUCGUCCAUCUUCCACAUCACCUGCAUCGCCUUCGAGCGCUACGUGGCCAUCAGUGACCCGCUGCGUUAUGGCGCCAGGGUCACGAGGAAGACGAUGGCGGCGAUGCUGCUGCUGUGUUGGCUCGGAUCGGCGCUCUUCUCAUCGCCCAGCCUCGUGAGCUUGCUGAGCAAAGCCGUGUCGGGGGGGCUCAUCCAACGGGUGCGCUGCCCCGACGACUGCGUGUUCUCCGUCUACAUCGGCAUCCAGGCGGUGAUCGGCAUCUCGCCCUAUUUCAUAUCCCUCGUCGUCAUCGUCCUGGUGUACGGCAGGAUCUACUCCAUCGCCAGGAGGCAAGCGCAGAAGGUCAACUCGGAGGGGUCAAGACGCAGGGGGCAGGAGGCAGCGGCGUGCACGGACACCUUGCACAAGUGGAGGGCCAUGCGGAGGGAGCACAACGCCACCAAGACGUUGGGAGUUAUCAUCUUUUUCUUCCUGCUGUCCUGGCUGCCCUACAACGUGACGGUCAUCGUCUUCGAGUUUGUUGCCUACGCGUCGGACGUGUACCAGGUCACGCUGUGGAUCGGCUACAUCAGCUCGGCGUUCAACCCCAUCCUCUACGCCUGCUUCAAUCGCCCCUUCAGAACCGCCUUCCACCGAAUAUUGCGCCUGAAGGUCUUCACGUUGGCCGAGCGGGAUUUCGCAUUGUCCACCGUUCAGGAUGGAGGACACUGA